CCCCCCCCGCCCCUUCCCCGCCCCCUCCUCCGCACUCCGCCGCGCAAAUGUCCCGCCCUCGGCCGGCGCGGCCGCCAUCGCGGCCACCGGCCACGCUGCCCACACCGCGGCUUCCUCCCCCGCCGGAUGCCCACCACUUUGUGGACAUCACAGAUCGCGCGCGGGUCCGAGUGACCUCCUGGCGACGAGGCCACGGCGCGGCCAACCUCACCGACGGUAGUCCGCACACCUUCUGGAGAUCGGAUGGCGGGAUCACGCCGGUGGUGGCCGGCGCCCGGCCGGCCGGGCACGGUGUUUUCCUGGAAUUCCCGCGGCCCUUCCGCCUGGCCGCCCUGGCGGUGUAUGUGGACGUUCCGGCGGACGAGUCCUACGCCCCGAGCCAGAUCGCCGUGCGCCUGGGCGGAUCGUACCGGGACCUGGUGACCAUCAGCAUCAUCGAUGUGCCGGACGCGCACCAAGGUUGGGUCGUGGCGCCGCUCUUCCAGAUCGAGGACUACCUCCCGAUCGGCCCGCGCUCCUGCCUGGUCCACUUGAUGGUGGUGAAGAACCACUUCGGCGGGCAUGACACGCACCUGCGGCAGGUGCGGGUUUUCUCGCUGGACGCCAUCACCCCGGGUGUGCAGGCGCUGGACGAGCUGCCAGGCGAGCAGCGCCUGGUGUCGACACGCCCCGGGCCGGGCGACGCCGGCCACCGGGCGGCCGGCACCGACGCCCCGGACGCAUGCUCGGAUGUCCCGUCAGCGGGGUCCUUCGAGCCGGCCCCGCCGAGCAGCGACCUGCGCUUCCUGGCCCGACUGGGCCGGCGGGGCAGCGGGGUGGGCCGGCCGCCGGCCGCGGGCGCGGGCGCGGGCGCGGGCGCCGCAGCCCCGGGGCCUGGCCCGGCCCCGCCGCCCGGGGCCCCCUGGCGAGCGGCCAUCAGCCUGACCGACAGCGCCCUGGCGCCGGUCCUGUCGGCCGGCAUUUCCUCUCACACGCUGGCUGCCACGACGGCGGCCUCCUUCUCGGCCGAGACGCCGAUGCUCCUGCGCAGUCUCGGGCCCGGGGAGUGGCGGGUGGCCGGGGGCCGGGCGGUCUUCCGGCCGCCGGCCGGUGGCCCGACUGCCGCCGGCGACUCGGCCACCCCGGCCCCGGUGGUGGUGCCCGGGGCGGCGGCCCAUCGGGCCGCCACAACGGCCGCCGCGCUCCGGGCCGCCGGUCAAGUCGCCGGUCCGGGCGCCGGCGCGGCCGGGGCCCCUGGCGGCCGUCCGGUGCCGGUGCCCCUGCCGGUGCCGGCUGCGGGGUCGACCUCGCGGCCGGCGGCGGGCGCGGCCCCCCGGCCGGCGCCGGUCACCGGGUCCCGGGCGCCGGGCCCCCGGCCGGCACCGGUCACCAGCUCGGCCACGGGCCCGGGGCCGGGGGCGGCCACGUCCGCUGCGGCGGCGGCCGCCACCGUCGCCGCCGCCGCCACGGCCGCCACGGCCGCCACGUCGCGCCCUGCGGCCGGGCCCCGGCGCACGGGAGCCACCGGGUCCUUCACACGGCUGGCGUCCUCCUCCGGGGGCCGGUCUGGCGGUGGCCGGGGGCCGCCGUCGUCGAGCACGCGGUCGGCCGGGCGCGUGGCAUCUUCCUCCGGGGCCCGGGGGGCGGGGCCGUCGUCGGGUGCCGGCCGGGCGGCAGCUCGGACCGUGGCCCGGCCAGCGCGGCCGGCGCGGUGCACACGGGGGGCGACGGCCGCCAUGGCGGCCGUCGGCGGCCGGUCCGCCGGACCCCCCGGCCCGGGGUCCGGCCUGCCGGGGUCCUCGUCGGCAGCGACGCUGGGCCCCGCUUCCGAGGGGAAUGUCGACGGGGUGGAGGAUGCCGGCGAGGCGUCCCACGGCCGGGCAUCGAUGUGGCUGCUGUCGGCUUCGACGCCGGUCAUCCGGCCGGUGAGGCCGCCGGCGGCCGGUCAGAGUGCCGCCGGGGCCGGGGCCCCGGGGGUGCCCGGGGCCGCGCCGGCCGCUGCUCGCCCGCCGGCCAUCCGGCCGCCCCGUUCGGUCCGGCCCCUGACCCGGGGCAUCCCCGGGGUCACCCUGCCGCUGGUCAUCCCGGCGGAGGCGGCCAUGGCGGUGCCGGCGGCCAUGGCGGUGCCGGCGGCCAUGGCGGUGCCGGCGGCCGCGUCCGGUGCGCCGGCCACCCCCGGCCCGGGCCCCCGGGCGCCGGCCACCCCGGGCCCGGUGACCCCGGGCCCGGUGGCCGCCGGCCCGUCCACGCCGAUGCCCCGGCCCCCGGGGCCGGCUGCCGGGGCGGGUGCGCUCCCCCCCCCGGCCCCCUUCCAGCCCUUCCAGGCGCCGUAUCCGGUGAUGGUGGGCGCCGGGGGCCCGGCGGCCGGCGGCCCGAUGUCCACCCCCGGGCCCGCUGUCGGUGGCCUGCUCGCCGGCCCCCCGGCGGUCGACCGGGCACUGGAAGACGCCGGCCCGCGAGCCGGGACCCCGGGGUCCGGGCGCGCCGGUCGGUGGUCCACCCCCGGCGGGCCGCUUUCCUCGGCGGCCGCAAGUGUCCGGGCCGCGGCCGCGGCCACCACGGCCCGCUGGUCCGAUGCCCUGGAUGUCGACUAUACGGAUCCCGACUCGGAGUACCUGCCACCGGCGAGCGAGGACCCCCGGGGGCCGGCCUCCUCGACCGGGCGCCGGGCCAGCACCCGGCGGACCCCCCGCCGCGCGGGCCUCGAAGACCCGGGGCUCUACCUGGACCCGGACAUGGUGCUGCUCCCGAGCGACGGGACCCACGCGACGGGCUUCUUCCGGUGA